GGUUUGUAUUUUGAUAAUAACUGGAUGUUUGUUGUACGCUGCUUUGGGUACAGCUUCCUGUGGAAAGGCGACAUAUAAAAUAAACUCAAGCAAGCAAACAAGCUUUUGCUUUUUUCCCCAGUACUAUAAUUUAGGGCAGGGCAAGUCAUUUUGUUUGUUGCUAAACAGUUAGAGUCAGAAAGCCUUGCCAGUCUACUGCAGAACUACCAGUAGAUCCCAAUCGGUCUUUUGUGCACCCUUAGGUUACAGCUUUGAGAGCCAGUGUGGUGUAGUGGUUAAGAUGCUGGACUACGGCGGAAUCGACUUGAAGGCAGUCCAUUUCCAUUUCAGUAUACAGCUUUAAAGAUCAGAACCACAGUUUGGAACUCAUCUCAGAAAUGGAUCAUUUCCAGUGGUGGGCUCCUCUGCCAUGAUGCCAAGGCGUGGCCGGGGGAGACGAGGCCAGCUGGCAACUUUCUCCAGGAGGGGCGUGGCCAUUCACCUGCAAGAGCCGCAUUUCUCGGGCACAGCAGAAGCUGGCAUCUCUCGGGAGCCUUUCCCCGUGAUGGCUGCACCCGCAGUUUCUUUGCAGCCGGUGAUGAAAGAAGAGGAAGAGCCCGGCCAAUCAACGGUCCAUGACCUCUUUUCCUACUUGAAGGAGAAAGACGACGACGAAGAAGAGGACACGACGGAGUUGGGUGCCUUUUCCUCGACAGCUACGACUUCCAGCCAGCUGGCUGUGAAAGAGCCCGGCCACCCCGAGGCUCCAGAGAUGCUUUCGUAUUUCAAGAAGGAGGAAGAGGAGGAGGUUGAGGAAGUCAUUGAAAGAGUAUCAUUGUCCCCGCCGCACAUUCUUCACCCGCCGGCUCCUCCUUCGGCUCCUCCAACCUACAUGUCCUCGACCCCGAUGGGCAGAGGGGGAAUAGAGAUGGUGCAUUUCUUCACCCCCAUGACACACAUCCCGGCGUCUCACCACCAUCAUAAGCGCGGGCGCGAUCGGGACUCGCUGGGAAUGGACGGCAUGCCGACCCACGCACCCAAGAAGACCACAUCGGCGGUGUGGGAUUAUUUCACCCUGGAUCCGAGGGAGCCGUGCGUGGCUGUCUGCAGCACUUGCCAUAAACGAGUGAGGAGGGGAAAGGACGGAGGCACCCGGCCCGGCACGACGGCCCUCCACAAGCACUUGAAGGUGCACCACGGGCUCCACUUGCCAGGAGUCGCGGUCGUUCCGCCUUCGCCUCUGAUGCCCGUUAAGGAGAGGUCACACGGUACCACCAUUGUGGUCACUGAACCGACUGCCCCAACCUACCAUCCUGCCCGUCAGGAAAGAAACCAGCCCUAUUACCCACCUACGCACUCAACAGCUAUCCAGUUGGCUUCAGAAACUGCCUGGAUGCUUGCCGUGGAUAUGCAACCUCUCUCCUACGUGGAAAGUGAGGGGUUUCGCCGGCUGAUGGCCAUUGCCCAGCCUCGUUGGAAGGUCCCCAGCCGUGUGUUCUUCGCUACAAAGGCAGUGCCUGAACUGUCCAAGGUGGUGUCCAGAGCUGUCCGCCAAGCUGUGGCAUGCAGCGUGGGCCGCACAGUCCACAUUGCCAUAGACACCUGGACCAGCAGGCAAACGGCCUCCUACAUGUCCGUGACAGGGCACUGGGUUGUUGAGUUUUCAGGUGUGCUGUCCCGGCAGCAUGCCACCUUGUCUGUGUGCGCCUUUGAGGGGCCCUGCUCACCACAGGAUAUCUGCCAUAAACUGAGGGAAGUUCUGCAAGACUGGCUGUACGAUCUGAAGACCGGUGGAGUGCUCUUAGACGACGGGGCCAACACAGUGAAGGCUGUGCGGGAACUGCGCCUCAAGUAUGUCCCUUGCCUGGCGCGCUGCUUGAAGCUGGUGGUGAAGGCGUUCUUGGCCACAGACAGCCACGUUGAUCGGCUCCUGAAAACAUCCCGGAGGAUCUGCGGGCGCUACAAGCGCUCCUUAGCCAUCCGCCGCCGUCUCCUGGAGGCACACGCCAACUUGGGCCUGCACCGGCAGUCCUCAGGGCACGAGGCCCACAGGAGGUCAAACUCCACCUUGCGCAUGCUGGAGUGUCUCUAUAGGCAGCGCCAAGCCGUCGGGGCGAUCUUUGAGCAAGAUGAUGAGGCUGCUUCUCUGCACCUGACGCCCGCUGACUGGAAGGUGGUGAAGUGCUUGGUGGAGAUCCUCAAGCCGUUUGAAGACGCUGCCACGUUGGUCACCCGCCCCGAUGCAACUCUCUGCCAGGCCCUCCCUCUUUUGUGGUUCCUGGAGGAACAGCUCAGGGCACUGAGGACCAGAUACUACCAGGAAAACAACAACACGGCAGCCCAUCUCACCACACAAGCCCUGGACUGCCUCGAGGCCGAGAAUCAGCUGAGUGAGAUGAAGAACACCUUGAUUUGUCGUGUGGCGGCCUUCCUCGACCCCCGCUUCAGAGACAUCACUACCAUGAAGCUGGGGGGCGCCGAUACGAGUGACGCAGCCAUGCUAAGGGAGCACAUCCUCGACUUGGCUACAAGGUCCUAUGUGCCACCUGGGCCGGAUGCAGAAUUCUCCCACAUGGGCCGCUCGUCCCCACAACAGCCCAACAGCUCCAGCAAUCCUCCUGGCUCUGCGGCGUGGCAAUUCACCAUGAAACGUUGGAGGGCGAUUACCAAAAGCGACCCCGCGAUGGGCCUGGCAUCUGAAGGAGGCGCCGCCGCAGCCCUGCGGGAAAUGGAGGAGUAUCUGCACGACAACGUGGACCAUAUUGGAGAAAAUGCUGACCCGAUGCUGUACUGGCAAGGGAAGAUGGGGAUUUGGCCAGCUCUCUUCAAGGUCGCCCUGUUCCACUUUGGGUGCCCCCCAACUUCGGUGUCUUCCGAGGACAGCCCAAGGGGCACCAGUUCUUUGGUGGACAGAGGCCACCCCAAGAACCUCUCCCCAGCCAAUGUGAAAAUGUUCACGUUCAUACGGAAGAAUCGCCAUCUCAUCCCACAAGACUGGAGGCUCUCUCUCGGAGACCUGCCCUCUUCGCAAAGUGUGAUGGGAUCGAGGGAGGACUUGGAUAUGGAAGAUGAAGAUGAUCUUCUGACGAUGGAUGAAGAACAGGAGGAGAAGUGAGGAACUCAACCUCAUGAGAACCUUUCCUAGACAGAGGACAACUAUCUCGUACACAGUUGCUUGAAGAAAACGUAACUUAAAAAAAAAAUAGUCUGAGGAUGUUGUGAUCUUGUCUGUUGUGUUUUAAAAUUAAGGAAAUGUAUUGUUACAAAAGUGUUGGACAACUGAGUCACUUUCUCUGCAAGAAAAACUUGGCAAUACUUCAAGAUCGCCAAGUUCCCCACCCUCACCCCACCUUAUCCCAGUUGUAAAUGAAAGGCCUCAUCUUCACCUUACAUGUAAAGCAGCAUGAUACCACUUUAAACUGCCUUGGCUUCCCCCAAAGAAUCCUGGGAACUGUAGUUUGUUAAGGGUACUGAGAGUUGUCAGUUCUCAGAGUGGUUUAAUCAUCAAUUCGUCUUCCCAGGGAACUCUGGCAAUUGUAGCUCUAUCAGGGGAAUCAGGAUUCUUUGGGGGAAGCCAUGGCCGUUGAAGUGGUACAACAGUACUUUAAAUGUAAGGUGCAGAUGUCACCUUACUGUGCAUUAGAGCAGGAUUGUGUAUUGUGUGGCCCGCCAAAGCAAACACAGCCUACAGACUUGUGUGGUUAGCCCAACAGGGCCUCAACAAACCUCAGGCUACCAGCAUCAAACAGCAAAAAAGAAGAGGUCAUUAAGCACUGCUGCAAAGUUUUGAAAAGGUCUGUAAAUGAGGCCCCAAUGACCCCCGUGCUGCCUUUAUGUGUAGAACCCCUUUACAAUAAUGCCGAUGAUGUGUAUUGAUUGUGUCUUUAGAAAUGGUGCUAAUACAGAGAAAACAAUGUUUGAAGAAAACAAAAACUGGAUCUUUUGAAAUGCUUCUCUCUCUCUCUCUCUCUCUCUCUUUUUAACCCUAAUUGCUUUUCUGAGCCACUAACAGGAAAUAAGCUGAAAACGAAACAAGCUACUUAAAUAAAAGCAUUCCU